CCCGUUGAUUCCAGCAAGAAAUACUGCAGCAAUAUCAGAAGGACGUGGAGGGUUUUAUUUACCCAAACCUUAUUUUCAAAUGGGCCCCGUCGCCUAGCGUUAACUCCCCAAGCCUGGCCGACUGAGUAUACUGGGUGAUACGGAACAUCAGCACAUCUGACUGAACAACAAGAAAGGUUUCCAUCAAAACAGAUUCAACAACAAUCAGAAAGAUGGCAGCAAUCCCAGCAGGUGGCUCACUCGUUGCUACAACCGAUUACUACCGAAGGCGCUUGGGCUCUACAUCUAGUAGCAGCUCAUGUGGCAGUUCGGAGUACAGUGGUGAAGUCAUUCCACACCACCCAGGUCUUCCCAAGCAGGACUCUGGCCAUUGGUGGUCCAGUUUCUUCUUCGGCAAGCAGAACCAGCCAGGGAUGACCACGUUGGCUGAAGAAGCCAAUCAGAACAGGGUGGGCGUCGUCACCAACGGCCAGGUGACCUGCGUUGCCAGGGAGAUGGUGAUGCGUCAGGCGAGUGAGUCCAGCGAGGCGGGGAGUCCUCCCCCCUCUUCCUGAGCUCAGGAGGCGGGGACAACGCUAGGGGACGAAGGCCCCUAAAUGUGUUUUUUUGUUGUUUUUUUUAUAAAUUGGUUUGUUUUAUAGAACAGGCUGUACAAGCCUCUUUUUAUUGUUUUGUUUUUUAACCUUGUUUUUAUAUUUCACUGAAUAAACUUAAAAACUUUAAAAAAUAAAAAGACCAAGAAACCAA